AUAACGAAGAACUUUCCCGGAAAGCUUACUUUCGCUUUUCCUUCAGGGAAGAGUGGCGCGCAGUUUCCCAUCUGUAAAGGCAGUUGAAGUCUCUCAAUAUGUGGCCAUCAGCUACACAUAGAUGUGGCUUCCUCACAUCCUCUAAUCUGCCAGUGCCUUUGAAAAGCAUUUCUGUGGAUGUCAUUAUACGAGGUUUUGUAGCUGACGUAGUAUCUGAACUUCAGUACCAGAAUGAGGAAAAGAAUCCAGUGGAGACCACCUUUGUCUUCCCUCUGGAUGAUGAAGCCACAGUCUAUGCCUUUGAAGGUCUCAUCGGUGGGACACAGAUUGAGGCCCAGAUCCGAGAGAAGAAGCAGGCAGAACAAGAAUACCAAGAUGCCGUGAGCGAAGGCCGCCAGGCUUUCCUGCUUGAGAGAGAAGAAAAUGCCAGUGACAUUUUCACAUGCAGCCUGGGCAAUCUUCCUCCUGGUGGGGAAGCCACACUGAAACUGCGCUACGUUCAAGCACUAGCGGUGGAACCAGAUGGUGCCGUCCGUUUUGUCCUGCCAGCUGUCUUGAACGCCCGCUAUGUUCCUGAAGGCUCAGAAGGGGGCACUGUUUCCCAGCAGAUACCACGAGUGUCCAAAGAUGCUCUGCCUUACACACUCAGCCUCAGUGCCAGGUUGGAGUCCCCCUAUAGCAUCAACCGUGUAGAGUCAAAAUGCAGCCUAAAUCCUCUGCAAUAUAUGACGAAGGACCACACUACUGCACAGGUCUCCUUGGCUGAAGGGCACCAGUUUGACCGUGAUGUGGAACUGCUUGUAUAUUAUGAAGAUGUUCACAAAACCAGUGCCAUUUUAGAGACUGGGAAGUCUGGAGCUGCCCCAGGUUCGCUGAUGGGGGACACAGCUCUUCUGCUGACUCUGUACCCCAACAUCUCAGUUGUCAAGCCAGAUCAAAGUGCUGUUGGAGAGUUAAUCUUCCUGCUAGAUCGCUCUGGCAGCAUGCAUACCACCGUGGCUAACAAUGCUGGGUCACCAUCACGCAUUCAGAGUGCCAAGGAAACCCUGAUUUUCUUGCUAAAGAGUCUCCCUCUGGGGUGCUACUUCAACGUCUAUGGCUUUGGCUCUACUUAUGAAUCAUUCUACCCGCAAAGUGUGGAGUACACCCAAGAGAGCAUGAGUACUUCUAUCCAGCGUGUGAAGGAGCUGAAUUGUGACUUGGGAGGCACAGAGAUUAUGGCGCCCCUGAAGGCCAUUUACAGCCAGCCAUGCCUUGAAGGACAGUCUCGACAGAUCUUUGUGUUCACUGAUGGAGAAGUGAGUAAUACAAAUCAGGUCAUUGGUGAAGUUAGGCGUAAUAGUGGCUCUCACAGGUGCUUCUCCUUUGGCAUUGGGGAAGGGGCUUCCACGUCCCUGAUCAAAGGCAUUGCUCGAGCUGCUGGAGGCAGUGCCGAAUUCAUCACUGGCAAAGAGCGCAUGCAGGCCAAGGCUUUGCAAAGUCUGAAGAAGGCCCUUCAGCCAGCAGUGUCGGGGAUCUCUCUGAGCUGGGAGUUGCCUUCUGGCCUUGAGGCCAACCUUGUGGGGUCAGGCCCUCAGGUCAUUUUCCAAGGUCAGCGCUGCCUCAUCUAUGCCCAGAUCCGGGGCCAACCACAGACCUCAGGCUCCAUGGAAGGGACAGCCGUCGUUCGAUAUAAUUUCCAAAAUGAGACUCAGACAGAAACAAUAAAGUUCUCAUUCCAACUUGAGAAGACAGAAAGGCUCCCUGUUCACCGUCUUGCUGCUCAGGCAUUGUUGAAGGAAUUAGAAGAAGACAAGGAGAAGAUGGAAGAAAAGCGGGUUCUGGCACUAGAGACAAGCCUGAGCUCUGGGGUGGUGUGUUCUCAGACAGCUUACGUGGGUGUGAACACAGAGCUGGGCAAACCGAUUCAAGGACCUCUCCUCCACCGAGAAAUCCCGAUUUCAUUCCUGCAGCGAUGCAGCUUAUCCUGCUUUUCAAUGGCAUCACAAACUACAAGAUUUGGUCAACGUUUUCCCUCUCCUUCCGGACUAGCAUGCUUCCAACAAUCUACAAGCGAUGAAGAUGAUUUUGAAGAUGGUGUACCUAUGUUAGGAGAUGCAUGUCCAUGCAGUAGUGAUGAAGACAACGACUGUGAUUUUACUCGCCCGCAAGAUCAGACCACGAAAGUGCAAGCUAGAAAAUCUAAGAAAAGGAUGAAUCUGUCAACCCCAACAGAAGUGUCAGGGGGUCAAAAUAGUCAAAAUGAUUGUGAAGAUGGUGAACUUGAGGAAGACAGCUGUGAUUUUCUACCAGCCUCCAAGAUCAGACCACGAAAGUGGACAGCUCAAGAUCCAGGACUUGAGGAGGAAGAAUCUCCCCUUUUGAAGUUGGUAUCCCUGCAAAAUGCAGAUGGCUCCUGGCCUCAUGGGUCUGCCCUAGCCAUCAUACUAGGCCUGAAUGAGGCUGUGAUCUCAGGCACAGCACCAGCCCAUGUGACCCCAGAUAUAUGGGCAACAGUGCUGGCUGUUCUCUGGCUUCAUUUGAAAGCUGCAGAGCAGAAAGAUGAGUGGGAGCUGCUGGAAGGAAAAGCUGUUUGUUGGCUCAAAGUGAAUGCAGGAGCUCAGCUGGCUGAGUGUGUCAAAGUUGGCAAUGCAGUCCUGGGAAGCAGUGUGAGCCUUCAGAUUUGGGGGCUUUGAGUUCAUGGAGUUAUUCUUUUUUAUUUUAUAUUGUUUAUAUAUAUAUCCCUGCAUGAGUAAUGUGAUAACUGGGUAUCAUACAUUUCAGUACAAACAAGCAUAGUUAUUACAUUUCAUUUUCAUUAUUUCAUAUUAUUUGCCCAUAUCUUUUACUAUCACCCUUCAGUUCUAAACUUUCCUCUUACUCUUUCAUAUAUCUUAAUAUAUUGAUAUACAUAUACUAUAUUUCCCCUUUUAUUUCUAUCCCUAUUUUAAUUUUUUCCCUUCCUAUCACUAUUAUUUUCAAAGACAUGGUAAUGACAUUUCUGUUUCCCAUAUUCCAUCUGUUUGGUAAUCAUAUUUCCAUUAUUUUACUCUUCAGCUAUUGCUGAAAUGUGAUCGUCUGAUCCCACUCUCAGCGCAACAUUAGCUAUCUUUUAAAACAGAAACCCCCUAACCUUUGGGCACCGCAGGAAAAAAAACUUCCACAGAUCAGCAGGAGGGAAAUGGUUUUGCAUUCUACGUAAUACCACCCAUGCACUGAUGAAGCUUCACUCACUUGCACAACCCAGUUCCCAACAGGUAGUUGACCAAUGCCUUGGAGUUGGUUUCAGCUGGCUUGUUUGCAAACUUACUAUAGUAUAUGUAUAAGUUUCUAAUGUAUCUAAAUCUGUUUAAUCAGUACAUUAUCAGACAAGCACCCUGUUUAUAAAUACAGGUUUAAUUGUGAAAUAGAUACAAAUAUAUAUCAAGUCAUUUGGCUUGAAAAAUCAUUUCAUAAAAAGCAUGGAAAUGAAGGCCGUUUUCCUCACCUGCAAAUUAAUAUGCAAUUUAAAUUCUGUGAUCUGAACAGUGCUUUGGAACAUGAAUUCUUAUACAUUGGUCUCUUUGAGGCAUGAAAUUUCAGGAGGAUUCAUUUUGAGUAAAGAAAAAAAGAGGCAGGCAAAGAGGGGCAUGAGCUUCUUUACAUCACAACAGUCACAAGAGAACUGCAAGUUUCCAUAGUUGGCCCUUUAUAUGUAUUUGACUUGCUCAGGUCAACCUAAGAGAUAUAGUCUGAUGGUAAUUAAUGUAUUUUCUUUCCCUCAAGGGAAAUAUGUAUAAAUAAAUGCUAUGCCAAUUAACAGCUGAAA